GGGCACUUCAUACACUGUGUAGAGAGUAGUCUCCCACUGGGAAAGAAAGACUCACACACACGCACAAAAACCGAGGAGGCGAGCCUUGCAGACUUGGAAAAAGGGGCGCAAGGAGGCGGAGGAGGAGGAAGACGACGAGGAGGACGACGAAGAAGACAGGCAACAACACGUCGGGGAUUGCCCUCCCCCCUCUCCAGACUUGCCUUCCGAGUAAAGAGAGAGAGAGAGACGGACAGCUCACUCCCGAGACUUUUCAAGUCAGACUUCACAAGAUCCUGAGCGAGACAACACCAUCACUUUGGACGAUCCUCGACAUACUCGUGAUUUGGAUGUGUGAAGGAGCAUAACAACAACGACAACAGCAACCAUAACAACCCUUCCGUCCAUUUAACCUUGCCCGACUACUCUGCACAUUUGACAACUUGACAGGGAAACUCCCAAGUGCUCCAGUCCUUCGCCGAUCGUGGUGGUUGAACCGAGACACUUCCGGAUCCCGACACUUCAUGAGUUGCAAAACUUGGCACGGCUAAACUUGGCUGCUUUUCCCCUACGAACGUGUAGUUCGUUCCCAAACCACCAAAAUGGCCGCGCCCGGCCAAUUGCCCCAACAAUACUGUCUUCGGUGGAACAACCACCAGCACAAUCUCUUGAGCGUGUUUGAAGACCUCUUGAACUCGGAAGCAUUCGUGGAUGUGACCUUGGCUUGCGACGGGCUCCAGCUGAAGGCCCACAAAAUGGUCCUUUCCGCUUGUUCGCCUUAUUUCCAAUCCAUGUUGUACAACACUCCAGACCGACAUCCGAUCGUGUUCCUUCGGGACGUUCGAUACGCUGAGAUGAAGGCUCUUUUGGAGUUCAUGUACCGUGGAGAGGUGUCCGUCGAUCAAGAAAAUCUGUCCUCCUUGCUCAAGGUGGCCGAAGGUCUUAAGAUCAAGGGCCUGGCCGAGGUCAAUGACAAUGGUCCGUCCCCACCCACCAGUUCCCAUUCCAAAUUCCCCCUCCUGUCCCCUCUGGACACGCAUGGCGGUGGAUCUCCCGCCAAGCGAAUGCCCUCUCCUCCCAAUCCGGCUCCUCCUGUUGCCACUCAAAGUAGCCAGCCAAGCAGUAACAACUCAGGUGCUCUCGGUCCAAAGAGGAAGCGGGCCCGCCCAAGACGCUUCUCUGGGUCCGAGGCGGUUCCCAUGGCCGGGGGGUUCUCACACCUAACGGGACCCCGGCUGGAUCAACCACUCGAGGUUCAAACUGAGGACAUGAGCGAGGGCGUUAAGGCAGAUAAGGGUUUGCGAGAGGGUAAUAAUGGUGAUGCGUCUCCCGAAGAUGCUAAGGCUUUGGACUUAAUGUCAGAGGCCGAUAGUAACGACGGCCGUAGCUCUGGUAUGCUUACUCCCAAGAAAGAGCUGUGGCCGGCGGUUGACAACUCGUCAAAUCACCACACCCCAGGUAGUACUAUUGAGUCCCCUCGCACUCGCCCGCCCCGUCUUGCCACGCCCUCCUCGCGCAGUAGCUCGAGCCGGCGGUCUCCCUCCCCAUACUUGUCGCCCAAUAAUCAUGAUAGUUCACGUCCCGAUGACACGCCCCCCAGCUCGGAGAGAUCAGAAAGGUCCGAGAGAUCUGAACGUCACGAGCGUGGGGAUCGCUCUGGUACAAAGUCAUUUUCGGAGAUGUCAGUCCGCGGAUUGGACCUCCUUCGUUAUGCCACCAUGUCAGCGGAUGGCACUUAUCGAUGCAUAGAGUGUGAAAGGGUACAAAUCACCAAGAAUUUCAAGAACAAGUACAGCUUCCAGCGACAUGCCUUCCUCUAUCAUGAGGGGGCGGAGCGCAAAGUCUUUCCCUGUCCCAUUUGUCAGAAGGAGUUUUCCCGGCCGGACAAGAUGAAGAGUCAUUUGAAGACCGCCCACGAUUGUGUCAUUCCUAAGGCGGAUUCGGCCACCGCGUCAGCGGCAUCAGCUGCCAAUUCAGCCGCAGCCACUGUGGCUGCCGCUGCUGCGGCGGCCAGUCUGAGUCACUCCUCUCUCCUUGUGAAUCCGUUUCUGGGCCUGUCCGAUCAGGUCAGCAACGAGGGCAAGCUGGCCGGCAUUAAAGAGGCCCAGGAGGCCAUGGCUGCCACGCCCACUUCAAUGGCUUUGCUAAUGAAUCCCCUUCUUGGCAUGGCUUCACCACCCGUCCGUGGGAACGAUAUCGAUGAAGAUGAGGGACCGGUCUCACCCCCCGCACCCAAAUCUUCACGGAAGCGUCUCAGUAACACACCGACCAGCAGCAACCGCUCCCGUUGACCACGAGGCAAUCCACACCUACCUCACAAGACAACCCCACGAGUGAAGAAGAAGAGGAAGAAGAAGAUGAUGAUGAUGAUGACUUACUAUUAAUCGAGCACAAACUAGCGUUCAUUGGCACACGCCUCCCAACGCGCUCACUUACUCACUCACUCACUCACCCACCCAACGUCCAUCGAAACGUUGUGUGCCUCACACCCUUGUAAGGCUAGGCCGGAUGCACUCGCAAGGGCAUCCGAUCCCUGGUCCAACCCAUGAAGUACAACUGUUCUUGGAACCCAUUCGUUACCUUAAAUAGGGCAUCAAUCCAUAAUGUGAUCCUUGUUUCCACAGAAAUUAGUCACACUUAACCAUACACUUGUACACCUUAGCAGGCAAGCUUAUCUAGGUCAAUUGAGCAACCUUUCCCAGUGAUCAACAUUAUUCAAUUAUUCAAAGGACAUCUCUCAUCAAAAAACACACUUGAAUUCCCCCUUUUUUUGAACAUGUUAGCUUUUAAGUCUCUUUCAUUCCUUUGCAUUUCCAAGAACGUCUUGGCUUUGUUUUUAAUUUCUCCUCGGCUCAUUUCAAAAUUUGGGUUCCACAGAACUAUGAAAAUCACCUUUUGAUCGCCUUUUUAUAUAAUUGAAAGAUCAGAAAAAAUGUGACAGGAGAGAGACUGAUACAAGAUUUUCCAAAACCAAUUCUUAUGAUAAUAACGAUAACAACAACCGCCAACAACAUCAGACAAACAACCCCAAGAAAGAAAUAUUGCAAAGAAAAUAAGCCCACAUUUAUACAGUAAUGGAUUAUUUCCUAUCAAGUUUUCAGACACACAAAAAGCACCUUACAAUUGAAGCUCUACAGAACACAGCGUCAACGAUGAAUGAAAUUGACACUGCCCCAAGUUUGAAAAAGAAUUUGUUGUGUGUGGUAAUUGUUCGUACAUUAUGGGUAAUAAUAACAAUUCAUGAACAUGAUCAAGUACUAUUAUUACUUUAGAGAUUGCCUUAAUACUACAAUUCCACUUCUAUUAUAAUCAUUACAACAAGAGCUACUGCUACUACUUCAAUUACAUCUUCUACAACUACUACUACAACAUCUACAAUGAUUAUUACUACAACUAAUACAGAAAAAGAAGAUAAACAUGAAAACAUAUAAAAUGAAGAUUAUAACACAAGAUAGAUACAGAAUAUAUUUGUUAUGUCUGCAACGAGUAUAUGAUAUGUUUGCCAAAGAAUACGUACUACGUUUAUUAUUAUCAUUAUCAUUACUACUAGUACCACAACAACAACAACAACAGCAAUUAGAAAUGAAUGCUAGACAGUCCCGGUUAUUUCUUUGUUCUCCGAUAUUCUCCACUUGUUUCUCUUUUUAAUACUUUUUAGAUACCGAAACUAAUCCCUUUCAUUUCAUCCCGGUUCAUUAACACAACUAAAAUCCUAGUCUCAAGUGCAAUCAAAAACAACAAUUGGCAUUCUACCCGCAAAAAGUCAUGAUCUUACGAAACUCGCGUUCCCUUUCUCUUCUUUUGCACUUGUACAAAAUCAAAUGGCAAAUUGGACGUCCCUCUUUCCUUUUUCCUCGUCAUUUAUGUCCUUGAAUACACGUUCCCCUUUUGCCACUGUUGGUGAGAUCAAAAUACAUAAUGGACUCGAAUUCCAAUUCGGAUAAUGCAUAUGCUUCGAAGUUCGAAUCCUUGAAUUCCGAAAAUCCCAGAGCGCUUUAUUUGUUCAAAAAAUCUGCUCCCUCUUCUUUCCAAAACCAAACCCUUCUUCAUAUAGCUUAACUCUAUUGAAUGACAUCUGUGAUGAUUACGAACUUAAUCUCAAUAUUACAAGAAUAAUAAUCCGAAGUUAGUUGAAUAUGAUGCAGAUGUAUGUGCAACUUUGAUUUAGACACGUGUGAACACAACCUUUAUUGAAAUAAAUGUCGGCGAACAUUUGAGAUCAAGUCAUGUUUUGAAUGUCCAUCAUUCUUUCUUCGACACGCCUCUUUUCUUCAUUCAUCUCAUCUCUAUCUUGCAUAACGUAUCACAGAUGGAUGUACCUUCUUAUUUAGUAUAGUCGCAAAAAAAUACUCCGCAAUGAACGAAUGAAUAAUUAUAAUUUCUCCAUUAUAAUUCAUCUUUUUUGUUCUCGUCCUCCUCUUCCUCUUCCUCCUCCUUUUCUUC